AAAUACAUAUACACAUACACUAUAUAGCCAGUUGUCAUUAUUAGCAGUUUUAAUACAAUAUUAAAAAUGAACAAUAUAUAUCGUAAGAUUAAUUAGACAGGGUGCAUUGAAUGGAUAGAUACCUUUUUCGGUUAUAAGUUUUAGAUUUUUCGUAUUAGCGCACAUUUUCAAUGAUUUCAUUCAAUAAGCAGACUUUGCCGCUGCGAAAUCUGUUAAUUGUUUCAUUUACCGUCUCCGUGGCACAAUGGUUUGCGCGUCGGUCUAUAACCAAGAGGUAGUGACUUCAAGGCUCGUCACUGCCACCAUUGUGUGCGUAGGCCUAUGUGACAUUCGUCAAGACACUAAACGGCAAUUGCUUUAACCCAGUGGUUAGUCAGUCAUACAGAAAAAAACAACCACCCCAAAGUUACACUCGUGAAUGGAAACAAGGUGUAUGUAAGAAGAACAUUCGUGUUAUUACGACAAGGUGAAUACAUAAAGAACUGGAGGCCAAGAUAUUUUUAUCUAAAAUCAGAUGGAUCAUUGCUUGGAUAUAAAGAAAUACUAAAACCAGACAAUCAUUUGGAACCGCUGAAUAACUUCAGUAUAUUAAGAUGCCAGAUUAUGAAGCUACCCAAACUGGGUGAGAAAUUUGUUUUCGUUGUCCGGUGUUUCCAGUUCACCACUUUAGUUGAACGUACAUUCGCAUGUACAUCAGAAGAUGAUCAGAAGGAAUGGAUAAAACUCAUGAAAGAAAUGUCUGACCAACUUGAGCAAUCUUCACGUGCAAGUGUCACAAAUUAUGUGUCAAAUACCUCAGGACAAAAAGUGACAUUAGCGGACUUUGACAUAUUAAAAGUUAUGGAAAAGGGACUUUUUGGGAAAGUAUUGCUCGUAAAAGAGAAGAAUACCACGAUAUAUCAUGCCAUUAAAAUGUUGAAGAAAAAAGUUACUGUGACCAAGAAUGAUCUAAUACACACACUUCCAGAAUUCCGAGCUACACUGCAGUCCAAGCAUCCAUUUAUAACGGCGUUGGAAUCCACAUUUCAAACUGAUGACUUCCUAUGCUUCGUUCUGGAGUAUGUGAAUGGUGGAGAGAUUUUCUUCCAUUUAUCACGGGAGCGUGUGUUCAGUGAAGACAGAGCAAGAUUCUAUGGAGCAGAAAUAAUUUUGGCUCUUGAUCAUCUUCAUAAACAGAGUGUUGUUUUUAGGCGUCUUAACCUGGAAGUCUUGCUCUUGGACAGCGAAGGACAUAUCAAGAUUGCAAAUUAUGGUACAUGCAAGGAAGAAGUUGUUGUUGGAACGAAAAUUCAAGUAUUUAGCGGAAAACCAGAAUACCUUGCGCCAGAGAUUCUAACUGCUAAUGAUUAUGGUCCCUCAGUGGAUUGGUGGGGGCUUGGUGUAGUGAUGUAUGAGAUGAUGUGUGGUAGACUUCCAUUCUAUAAUCGUGAUCAUGAUGUUCUAUUUGAACUUAUUCUCACGAGUGACCUGGGGUUUUCCCCCGGUUUAUCAGAAGAUGGCAAAAAUUUGUUAUCAGAACUACUAAACAAGGAUCCCUUGAAAAGAUUGGGCUGCAGUGUAAGAGAUGCAGAGGAAGUCAUGGCCCACAAAUUCUUCUCAAGUAUUGUUUGGAAAGAUAUGUUGGAAAAAAAGGUCACCCCAUCUUUCAUACCUGAAGUACAGACUGAAGAAAAAGCAGCGGCUGCAAUUGAUCCAUUUGAAUAAUUCGAUUUGUCAACGUAAAUGGAAACUGGAUGAUCCUAGUAUAUAAUGAACAGAGCAGCAGUUUUUAGUGACCAUUUUCAACGCUUCCCAGUUAUGCCCUGGUCAUUCAACUUGGACAUUCUACUAAUUACACCCCAAAUAUAUACAGUACGGUGGGAAAAGAUGGGACACCUUUUAAGUCUAUUUUCUCGUCCCAUUUAGUGGUAAAUAAAGAACAUUAGAAGAAUUAUAAAACU